AUGUCCCAGAGAUUCUUACGUGACCUCCCCGAGAUCGAUCUCGUCUUCCCCAGCACUCCCGUUCUGGAAGAUUCAGUCGAGUUCCUGCGAAAGGAAACGUUCGAUGAUGCUGUGAACCACUGCGUCCGCUGCGCCUACUUUGCCGUGAUCAUCGGCAAAAAGCACCCCCGCAUUCGCCGGAUUAACUCUCGACAUGGAAAGUGUUUUGCUGGGUUGUAUCCUUCACGAGGCCGGAUGGUCCCAGACACCCGGUUUGACCAUGAUGAGGCUACGAAGUGGGAUAAGCACCGAAUUCAGCUGGUCUGGGAUUCAAUUGCCCUGCACACCACCCAGUCUAUCGCUAUUCACAAACAGUCCGAGGUUCAUCUCAUGAACUCGGGUAGCUUGACCGACUUUGUGGGGCCACUCUUGCCAGGCGACUAUUUUACAGUCGAUGAAUACAAGGCGAUAGUGAAGGCGUUUCCCCGCGGUGAUUUUAUGGAAAGGGGGAAGAAGGUUAUGUAUGGGUUUUGCAGGGAUAAACCCGGGACGACGUACGAUAAUCUUCUUGGUGAUUUUGGUUUGAGCUUUGGGUAUGAUGGGAAGGGCGAGGGCAAAGAGGAGUAUGCGAAAGGGCAUGAGACACAUAGUCGCCUGAUGGGACCUCUGUUUGCUGCGUGGGAUGAAUGUUCGAAGUAUGAGGAGUGA